GGGGGCUGGUGUCGCGGGGGGGCCGCGACCUGGCGCUGGGAGCGGCCACCCCGGGCUGGCGGCGACAGCGGGGGGCGACGCGGGGGGCGCUGGCCAGGGCGGGGGGGCGGCUCCGGCCCCUCCUGCGGCGGCAGGCGGGGGCCCUCUGCGCGGAGCUGCGUUCCCACGGGGGGGCCCCCCUGGACCCCUUUGAGGUUUUCUCCUUCUACACCUGCAGCACCAUCGGGCACCUCCUCUUUGGGGACCUGAUGCCCCCCGAGACGGAGGUGCGGGCGUUCACCCGCUGCGUGGUGGAGCUGCUGGAGGUGUGGGGCAGGGUCAGCGUGCAGGUCCUCGACCUGGUCCCGGCGCUACGGGUCCUCCCCAACCCGGGGCUGCGGGAGCUGCUGCGCCUCGUCGAGCUCCGCGACGCCUUCGUGGAGGCCCAGAUCCGACGGCACGAGGUCGGGGGGACCCAGGGUGCCCAUCCCCCCCCUGGGGACACGGUUCUGGCGGCGCUGCAGGGAAGGGACCCCGGCGUCCAGGGGGGGCCCCUGAGCCCCCCCCGCCUCCACAUGGCCCUGGUCGAUCUCUUCAUCGGGGGCACCGAGACCACGGCUGCAGCCCUGGCCUGGGCCGUCGCCUUCCUGCUGCACCGCCCCGAGCUGCAGGAGCGGCUGCGGGCGGAGCUCUGGCGGGAGCUGGGUCCCACCGGGACCCCCCAGGCGGGUGACACCGGGCGCCUGCCCCUCCUCCACGCCACCGUCACCGAGACCCUGCGCCUCCGGCCCCCCGCCCCGCUGGCCCUGCCCCACUGCGCCCGCCGCCACACCAGUGUCGGGGGCAUCCCAGUGCCGGCCGGCUCCAUCCUGAUCCCCAACCUCCUGGCUGCCCAGCAGGACCCCGACACCUGGCACCACCCCGAGGCUUUCCUGCCCGAGCGGUUCCUGGUUCCGGGGGCUCCUUGGCGGGCGCUGGUGCCCUUCGGCUGCGGGGCCCGAUCCUGCCUGGGGGAAGGGCUGGCGCGGGCCGAGCUCUUCGUCUUCCUGGGUCGGAUCCUGCAGGAAUUCCGCCUGGAACCCCCCGCCCCGGGGGUCCUGCCCUGCCUGGAGGUGUCGGCAGGCACCGUCCUGCGCUGCCCGCCCUUCCGCGUCCGCAUGGUGCCCUGCCAGCCCCCUGCCUAACCGAGCACAGGGGCCUGGCAGCGGCCUGGUACUCCUGCGCCUGCCUGCUGCCUGCACCCCUGCC